AUGUACACCUUGGCCAAAGACGACUUUGACGUGCUUUUGGAAGAGUACCCGGACACGGAGACGAUCCUCGUCCAGCACUACCAUGCGCGAAAAGUCAAGUACAACGAGACGCUAAGCACGAUGCUGCAGCGCUUCAAGAUGUACGAAAUCUUCAAAGACGAUGUGACCAAAGUCCACCGGCUCGAGGAUUUUUGGCCCAAUUUGCGCAUUUCGCUCAACGGCAAACUCACAACGAUCGAGCAAUUUCCGAUCCACGUGCUCAAACUCAUUACCAACUACAUCAACCCGCGCGGCGUCUCGCUCUUCAACUCGACGUUUGCCAAGCGCGUCGUGCUCGACGGUCUCAAGCCAAAGUACGCAACUGCAUAUACGUCACCGAGCAAGUUGCGUGCGAUCAUCCAGCCCACGGACCCGCGCAAACUCCGCUGGGACAUUUUUCUCGGCGUCCUCAUCAUGUACAACGUCAUGAACAUUCCAUUCCAGUUUACGUUCCAAGGCGGGUUUGUCGGCGACGACACACGCUACGCCAGCGUCAUUUUGUUUGAUUACACGGUCGACGUCCUCUUUGGCAUCGAUAUGCUGCUCACGUUCCGCACCGCGUACGUCGACGAGGACGGUCAGAUUGAGGCGACGCCGCGACGCAUUGCGACGCGGUAUCUGCGCUGGUGGUUCUGGAUCGACUUUGUCUCGACGUUUCCGUUUGCAUUGAUCGCAGACACCGCGACGUCGACUGGCGCCAGUAGCGGCAACGGCACGCUCUCGGCCGUGGGAGGCUCCACUCAGUCGUACUACAACCUCAAGCUUAUUCGUCUUGUGCGGCUCACGCGGCUCCUCAAGCUCAUGCGACUCCUGAAGCUCAAUCGGUCGGUCACAAGCAUUGAAAACAUGCUCGACCUGAACCCGGCCGUGCUCAGCCUCGUGAAGCUCCUCAUUCAGGUGUGUUUCAUCGCGCACUGGUCGAGCUGCGCUUUUUUUUUCGUGGGUCAAGUCUCCGAGACCUACUACGGGCGCUCGUGGAUCGGGCCGCUUCUGUGGUAUGCGUCGACGGCCGACAAGUACAUUACGUCGCUGUACUUUUGCUUUACGACCAUGGCGACGGUCGGAUAUGGCGACGUGCUUCUCGCGACACCGAUCGAGGUCGCGUACGUUAUCUUCUACAUGCUUCUCGGCGCGUCCGUCUUUGGGUACAUCAUCGGCUCCAUGUCGUCGCUCGUCGAUCAGCUCCAGACGCGCGGCGUCGCGGCAAAAGAGAAAACGGACCGCGUCAAGGACUAUAUGAAGGAGCGCAAGCUGCCCAAGGCGCUCUGCACGCGCAUUCGCCGGUACUUUGAUUUCUACUUGGCCCAACAAGACGACGGGACGGGGCUGUUGAAUGACCUCUCGGACGACCUCCGGACGCAGCUCGUCUUGUACUUGAACCGCGACGUGGUCUCCAAGAUCCCGUUUUUCGCGCGCCAAGACGACGCGUGCAUCUCGUACCUCAUGGGCAUUCUGUACCAAGAGUAUUUUACGCCGGGCGAAUAUGUCUUUCAUGAGGGCGAGUAUGGUCGACACAUGUAUUUCCUCGUCAAGGGCACGGUCGAAGUGCUUAUUCAUGCUGGGACGCCGUCCGAGAUCCUCUGCAAGGUCUUGACCGAGGGCGCGUUCUUUGGCGAGCUCGCGAUGGUCUUGAGCUCCAAGCGCUGUGCGAGCAUUCGCGCCAAGACGUUUGGCAUUCUCUACGUGCUAAGUCGAAGCGGCAUGGACCACAUCCACGCCCACUACCCAGAGAUCUCCAACAUGAUCAUGGCCGAGAUCAAGCUCAAGCUGCACAAGAUCCAGGAAGAGACAGUCGAGCGCAUGGAGCGCAAGAACGUCGCCAACCACCUCCCGAGCCGGAAAACAUCGCUGACGACCGACACGGAGCUGCUCGAGGCCUUUGCGAUGAUCGACGGCGUCGCGACCGACCUCACGCGCUUCUUUGGCGGCGGCGAGACGGCCAAGCACCGUGCGGUCGCGGCCAUCAUUAGCCGCCUCAAGAAAUUUGACUUUGAGGCGCCUGCCGAGACGCCCAAGGAGCCGCCGCCGUCGCCCGAGCCGACGGCCAAAGACGCGUUCGUGCGCAUUGGCAAGCGGGUGAUUCAGCUGAACGCGUUCGUGACGCAAGCGCGCAAGUCACGGCGCGGGGCCACGACCCGCGUCUUUGGCUCGAUCCCGACCCACGUCGACGAGAUGCACAAGCUGCCGGACGCCAAGCGGUUGCUCGAGGGGUCCGUCGACCCGACCGGACCGUGCUUGCACGAUGUCGAGGCCGUCAAUCGCUCGGAGCGCCCCGAGACCUAA